AUGAACCUAGAACCCUCAACGACUGCUAAAGUAGAAAUAGAAACGACUAAGGGCUCUAUUGAAAUAGAAUUAUGGGCUAAGGAGAUUCCAAAUACUUGUAAGAUAUUUAUACAAAACUGCUUGAACAAGAAGUAUGUGGGAGAGGUGUUUGGUAAAGUAGAAAAGGAUUUUUUGAUACAGACUACCUCCACAGAAAAACCUGAUUAUGGGCUAGAAGACGAAUUUCAUUCAAGAAUUAGAUUUAAUAGACGUUUUUUAAUUGUUGCUGUUAAGCAAGAUAAAGACAGACGCAAUGGAAACAGCGUUGAUAGCUUCUUCAUAACUUUAAGAGAAGCCAAGGAGCUUAAUAAUAAAUACAUUGUGUUUGGGAAGGUUGUGGGAAAUUCUCAUUAUACAGCAGUUAAAAUAAAUAACGGCGAGCUUAAUGGCGAUAAGCCUGUUUACCCUGCGAGAAUAACUGAUAUCAAUGUUCAUGAAAAGUUUUUUGAAGAUAUAUCAGAACCAACAAUAAUCGAAGAACCUAUAAGGAAGAAGCGAAAGAAGAAGACCUCGACAGUAAAACUAUCGUAUGAUUUCGAGGAAGACGAUUCGAUUGGUAACUUCAAAAUGAGAUCAGCUCACGAUGUACUAAACGAUAAGAAGUUAUCAAAUAAAUUAUUUGUUAAAUCAGAAGUUAAAGAGACACAGGCUUCUACUAUUGGAGAAAUAAAGGAACAAGAACUGAUGGGUUAUCACGACCGAUCGGAAGGGCCAGAGGAUAUAGAAGCAUCAAGCACUCAACCUCUGCGAAAUAAACAGUUACUGGCUAAACAAGAUUCCAAAGAAAUGAGAGGUAACUGCCGAGAUGAGCUUUCUGAUUAUGAUCCAAACUUGGAUUUGUCUUCGGAAGAGUCGUUUGAUCUAGAGGCAUUCCAUAAACAUAAGUUUACGGGGAAAUAG